CUAGGCAGCGCUUCGUUUCCGGCGUACCGCUCCGUUCCGAUACGAUCCCCUGCGCCAGCAACCGAUCCGUUUCCGUUUUGUCAGUGCCAGAAAGCCGUCGCCAGCAGAGAAGCCCCAGCGCAACGAUCUAACCCAGCAGAACUGAGGAAUAACAAAGUGAAAAUGUGCCGAGAAACCAGAGAAGCUAUCAAUUGAGCAGUAGAAACAAGGACCACACCCGCGAAGGUCCUCCGGCGGACAGUGUCCGGCUGUCAGUUGGUCAAACAGUUCAUCAAUAAACGAUUCGACUGCUUCCGUUUCAUUGCGUGUCCUCACCUGUGCAUGUCUGCGUGUGUCUGUGCUGCCUCUCUCUCUGACUGAGUGUGUGCCUGUGUGUGUGUGUGUGUGUGUGUGUGCUGGCCGUGCGUGUGAGGAAAGGAAACUUUGCAACUUCCGGCCAAGUGACUUCGAUUUAAUUUCUUUGGCUUUUUUAUGGUCAAGGCAUUUAAUUAAUUUUACUAUGGCAAUUUGAUCGUCUGUGCUGGUCUGAACUCUGACCCCUCGCACACAAAACAAGGAGGCUUCGUAGUGAGCAGGAGGAGCAGCCAGCCACACCCAUUUCCACCGAACCACUGAGAUGUAAUUUGCACCGCAGGUGAACUUGAACUUCAACGUUCUGUGAUAGACGAGUAUACGAGCAGCCAAUCCCCCCGGGAUUCUGCCUACCCCCCAUCGAUUCCCGAUUCAAUCAAAUUGGAUCCCGAAUCGGACAGCGAAUCGAAGGUGAUCUUAACUUGUGGAGCGGCUUUCAGAAACAGCGACAAACUGUCGACUCUGUCGAUCCGCAACUUCUCGGCAAACAUGCUGAACAAUCUUGGGGCCAAUGUGCUGGGCCCCAAGGAUUGUGAUCUGCCCAAGGCCGCGCUGACUGCGCUGCACGCGGGCGUCAACAGUUUUGGCCAACUGCCCGUGGGCCCCAACUUGGCCGAUCUCGGCGGCGGCGCAGGCGGCGGAUCCUCCGGCGGAGUGCCGGUGGGCGGUGGUGUGGCCCGCCUCCACAUUUCCGGCGGACUGUGCGACAACUCCAACGCGCUGAACAGCGGAAACGGAAACAGUGGCAACGGAAACGGCAACAACAACAACAACGGCAACAGCAACAGCAACAACAUGCAGCAACAGGAUCAGCACCUGGACAAAAACAAGCAGAAGCGCCACCGCACCCGCUUCACCCCCGCCCAGCUGAACGAGCUGGAGCGCUGCUUCUCGAAGACCCACUACCCGGACAUCUUCAUGCGCGAGGAGAUCGCCAUGCGGAUCGGCCUCACCGAGUCCCGCGUCCAGGUCUGGUUCCAGAACCGCCGCGCCAAGUGGAAGAAGCGCAAGAAGACCACCAAUGUCUUCCGCACCCCGGGCGCCCUGCUGCCCUCCCACGGACUUCCGCCGUUCGGGGCCAACAUCACCAAUAUCGCCAUGGGCGAUGGCCUCUGCGGAACGGGAAUGUUUGGCGGGGAUCGCUGGAGCGUGGGCGUAAACCCCAUGACAGCUGGCUUUGGCCAGCUGAAUCAGUCGUCGCCACUCUCGUCCUCGCUGAACAGCGGCCUGAACUCGGGCAUUAACAUGGGCUCCGCCCUGGGAGCGGGCAGCUAUCAGCACUACGGCCUCAAUGCUCUGGGCGACUCCAUGAUGUACCAGCACAGUGUGGGCGGGGUCAGUUGUGGGCCCAGUGGUUCGCCGAGCGCCACCACCCCGCCGAACAUGAACAGCUGCUCGUCGGUGACCCCGCCGCCACUUUCCGCGCAGCCGAACUCCAGCCAGAACGAGCUGAACGGCGAGCCCAUGCCGCUGCACCAGCAACAACAACAGCAGACUCACCAACAGCAGCAGUCUCACCAACAACAACAGCAGCAAUCUCACCAACAGCCGCAGCAGCAGGCUCACCAACAACAGCAGAUGGCGCCACCGACACCCACACAGCAGCAGCAGGAGGCGGGCAUUCCGCUCUGCCACCAGUCCAUGCAGUCGCCCACCGAUGGCGCCACCGACGACGACGUGUGGCGGGGACACAGCAUCGCAGCGCUGCGGCGGCGGGCGUCGGAACUGAAUGCCACAGCGAUCCCCUCCUACCUGCACCACGCCCACGCCGCCCACAACAACUACGAACACCACAAUUCGGUCUACUGAAAUUUGUUGAAAAGCUUCGAAAGCUUUUCGGAUUACGGGUUCUCCAGCGGAGCUCCCGACAUGAACUAGGAUGCGGAGCGCAGGAAGCAGAAAGCAGGAUGCAGGACGAGGCGUGGUGAAAAGCUCUCAGCCGACGGA